CUUCUGCUUACCGCAGGCAUAGUAGGCAGUAGUGAAUCUUCCUAAUACUGCUUUAGCAACAGAGAUUCAGAGAGGGGUGAGCAGCCCCUCUGGCCUUCAGAGAAAAGUUCUACCCACAAUCAGAAAAUGUCACUGCAGAUGAUAACAAUCAGUAAUAAUAUAGCCUUAAUUCAACCAGGCUUCUCACUGAUGAAUUUUGAUGGACAAAUUUUCUUCUUUGGCCAGAAAGGCUGGCCUAAGAGAUCCUGCCCUACUGGAGUUUUCCAUUUUGACAUAAAGCAUAACCAUCUCAAACUGAAGCCUGCAAUUUUCUCUAAGGAUUCCUGUUACCUUCCUCCUCUUCGCUACCCAGCCAUCUGCACAUUCAAAGGAAGCUUGGAGUCUGAAAAGCAAUAUAUCAUUCAUGGAGGGAAAACACCAAACAAUGAGCUUUCAGAUAAGAUUUAUUUCAUGUCUGUUGUUUGCAAGAACAACAAAAAAGUUACUUUCCGCUGCACAGAGAAAGACUUGGUGGGAGAUGUUCCUGAAGCCAGAUAUGGUCAUUCCAUUGAUGUGGUAUAUAGUCGAGGCAAAAGCAUGGGUGUUCUCUUUGGAGGACGCUCAUACAUGCCUUCCACCCAAAGAACCACAGAAAAAUGGAAUAGUGUAACUGACUGCCUGCCCCAUAUUUACUUGGUGGAUUUUGAAUUUGGAUGUGCUACAUCAUACAUUCUUCCAGAACUUCAGGAUGGGCUGUCUUUUCAUGUCUCUAUUGCCAAAAAUGAUACCAUUUAUAUUUUAGGAGGACAUUCUCUUGUCAAUAACAUCCGCCCUGCCAACCUGUACAGAAUAAAGGUUGAUCUUCCCUUAGGUAGCCCAGCUGUGAAUUGCACAGUCUUGCCGGGAGGAAUCUCUGUCUCCAGUGCAAUUCUGACUCAAAUUAACAGUGAUGAAUUCAUUAUUGUUGGUGGCUAUCAGUUUGACAAUCAAAAGAGAAUGGUCUGCAACAUUAUCUCUUUAGAGGAUAGCAAGAUAGAGAUUCGUGAGAUGGAGACCCCAGAUUGGACCUCAGAUAUUAAGCACAGCAAGAUAUGGUUUGGAAGUAACAUGGGAAACGGAACAGUUUUUCUUGGCAUACCAGGAGACAAUAAACAGGCUGUUUCUGAUGCAUUCUAUUUUUAUAUGUUAAGAUGCUCUGAAGAUGAUGUGAAUGAAGAUCAGAAAACAUUCACAAACAGUCAGACAUCAACAGAAGAUCCAGGAGACUCCACUCCCUUUGAAGAUUCAGAAGAAUUUUGUUUCAGUGCAGAAGCAAAUAGCUUUGAUGGUGAUGAUGAAUUUGACACCUAUAAUGAAGAUGAUGAGGAAGAUGAGUCUGUGACAGGCUACUGGAUAACAUGCUGCCCUACGUGUGAUGUGGAUAUCAACACGUGGGUACCAUUUUAUUCAACUGAGCUCAAUAAACCUGCCAUGAUCUACUGUUCUCAUGGAGAUGGGCACUGGGUCCAUGCCCAGUGCAUGGAUCUGGCCGAACGUACACUCAUCCAUCUGUCAAAAGGAAGCAGUAAGUAUUACUGCAAUGAGCAUGUGGAGAUUGCAAGAGCUCUACAAACUCCGAAAAGAGCCCUACCCUUACAAAAGCCUCCAAUGAAAUCUCUCCGCAAAAAAGGUUCUGGGAAAGUUUUGACUCCUGCCAAGAAAUCUUUUCUUAGAAGGUUGUUUGAUUAGUUUGGAGGGAGGGGGAGACCUUUAAGAUUCAAGAACAUUUGUUGCAUUUAUUUUAACAAUGAGAAAAAUAUUUCAAUUUUAAUUGAAAAUGCUUAUUUUCUUUUAGAUAUGUGAGUUGUUAGAGGUCUAACACAAUGCUAAAUACUGUUCUCCCAAAGCCUAAACAUUUUUAAAAUAUUUGACUCAAAUAUCUGAAAUGAGAAUUUUUAUCUGAUAUUUUCAUUCAAGAAAUAUUAAACACAAAAACGGUAGUGAUAAUCAAAGUAUGUUUAUAUUCCUUGUAUUAUUUUGGUAACAA